AUGGAUCAGGAAAGGCUUCGUAAUUUUAUCAUUUGGGCAAUUACAACUGCGUUAGCGUCGGAUUCUGCACAAAGGUUGAGGUCUAACGAGUCUCGCAUUUUUGUCAACAAAAAAAAAGAACUAGGAAAAGAGUCUCGUGAUGACUCCUUAGUGUCAAAAUUUUUGCGUUGGUUAACAGCAUCAGUAAUCAAUGGGAAGCUUCAUCAAAAAUCUAAUGAUAUAUAUUCAAGGUUUACAGAAACACAUAAGCUAGAAUCCCUGCAUUCUUUACUGGUGCAUGUAGAAAAUACCUCAGAGCAAAGACAGAUCCAGAUGAUUACUGCUUUACUUAUCCAAUUAAUUCAUUGUAGUGCUAACCUUCCUGAUUCUUUAAGACAAGCAUCGAUUAGUAAUUCUGUAUUGGAAAUCCCGGUUGAUGCUAGUUAUCAAGCUAAAUGCCGCGAUGCAGUAACAGAAGCCUGCUCCUAUUUUUGGACCCGUGUACUUCAGCAACUUGCAAGUGUAAAGACUCAGGAUGCUUCUGAAUUGAAAUCCACAAUGGAGAAUCUUGUUACUGAUUUAUUGACCACUCUAAAUUUACCUGAAUAUCCUGCUUCAGCUUCUAUUCUAGAGGUUCUAUGUGCCAUACUAAUUCAGAAUGCUGGGACAAGUUCCAAGGAUUUUGCUUCACGUUCCAUGGCAAUUGAUAUUCUUGGCACUAUUGCGGCAAGGUUGAAGCAUGAUGCUGUGAUUUGUAGCCAGGAAAAGUUUUGGGUACUUCAAGAUUUACUUAGUAAGGAUGCUGCUCCUCAGAAUUAUCAGAAAGAUACAUGUUGUGCCUGUUUGGGUGGAAGGGCUGAAAAUUUGUUCCCAUGUUCUGGCUGCAGUAGGCUUUUUCAUGCUGAAUGCCUGGACAUUGAAGAAGAUGAAGUUCUCAAUCAGAACUGGUACUGUCACAUGUGCAUCUGCUCAAAGCAACUGGCUGCUGAAGGAAUUGUUUGUAGGACAGAAGCUUGA